CGCGCGCAGUACUUAACCUCGGAGCGGGGAGGCAGCUCGCGCAGAGGAAGAGACGGAAACAUGUCGUACACGAAGUUCGUACCUGCGCUGGUGAGGGCCAACUCGGGAAACAUCGGAAAACUGCGAAUCUCCCCCGUGAGAUGUCGGUCGACGGUCGUGUCCGCCAAGAGCCAGGAGGAGAAGGAGCCGCAGAUGGAUGGAUGCGCCCUGGUGGAGGCUGUGCCGGUGGAGCUCAUCAGCCAGACCAAAAACCUGACCAACACGCCGCUCAGUAAAAUCCGCAUCGACUUUGACAACACGCAGGAAGCCUACAGAAGCAAAGGGAACAUCGAGCUGCUCAGAAGCCUGCUGGUCUUUAAACUGUGCACCAUUGACGUCCUGGUUGAGAAGAACAAAGAGUUGAUGGACCUGAGCAAGAAGCUGCUGGGUCAGUGGAUGUUUGAGAAGAUGAUGAAGAUGACCUUCUACGGCCAGUUUGUGGCAGGAGAAGACCACAACUCCAUCAAACCGCUCAUCCAGAAGAACCAGGCCUUCGGUGUGGGGGCCGUUCUGGACUACAGUGUGGAAGAGGACCUGACACAGGAGGAGGCAGAGAAGAAGGAAAUGGAUUCAUGUGUUUCUGAGGCAGAGAAAGAAAGUCCAGGGGAUGAUCAUCGUGAGAAAAAGUACAAGGCCCAUCGUCAGUUUGGAGACAGACGUGGAGGCGUCAUCAGCGCUCGUACCUACUUCUAUGCAGAUGAGGCCAAAUGUGACAACCAAAUGGAGACGUUCAUAAACUGCAUUAGAGCCUCUGGUGGAGCUUCUACUGAUGGGUUUUCUGCCAUCAAAAUGACUGCUCUGGGACGCCCACAAUUCCUUCUCCAGUUUUCUGAAGUCCUGGUUAAAUGGAGACGCUUCUUUAACUUCCUCGCAGCACAACAGGGAAUAUCUGAAAUGAUGGUUUUGGAGCAAAAGCUGGAACUGGAAAAACUCAAGGAAAGCUUGACUGAGAUGGGCGUUGGAGCCAAAGAUGACAUUGAGAACUGGUUUACUGGAGAGAAGCUGGGUUCGUCAGGAACGAUAGACCUGCUGGACUGGAACAGUUUGAUAAAUGAUACAACAAAAAUCUCCAAUCUGCUUAUGGUGCCCAACCUUGAGACAGGCCAGCUGGAACCUUUGCUGAAUAAAUUUACAGCCGAGGAGGAGAGGCAGAUGAAGAGAAUGCUGCAGAGAAUGGACAUUCUGGCCAAGCAUGCCAUGGAUAAUGGGGUGAGGCUUAUGGUGGAUGCUGAGCAGACGUACUUCCAGCCAGCUAUCAGUCGACUGACCCUGGAAAUGCAGAGGAAAUUUAACCGAGAGAAGCCAGUGAUUUUCAACACUUACCAGUGUUACCUCAAGGAAGCCUAUGACAACGUAACUGUGGAUGUUGAGCUGUCUCGACGGGAGGGCUGGUACUUUGGUGCCAAACUGGUCCGUGGAGCCUACAUGUACCAAGAGAGAGCCAGAGCCCAGGAGAUUGGCUACGAAGAUCCAAUAAACCCGGACUACGAGGCCACCAACAGGAUGUAUCACAGGUGUUUGGACUAUGUGCUGGAGGAGAUUGAACACAGCAGGAAAGCAAACGUCAUGGUAGCCACUCACAAUGAGGACACUGUGAAGUUCACCCUCGAGAAGAUGAAUGAGAUGGGCCUUUCACCCACCGAGAAUAAAGUUUAUUUUGGACAGCUGCUCGGCAUGUGUGACCAGAUCAGCUUCCCGCUAGGUCAAGCAGGUUUCCCAGUCUAUAAGUAUGUUCCUUACGGCCCUGUGAACGAGGUCAUUCCUUAUCUGUCUCGCCGUGCUCAAGAGAACCGUGGCUUCAUGAAGGGAUCUCAGAGAGAGCGCAGCCUGUUGUGGAAGGAGUUGAAGCGCAGACUGCUGGGCGGGCAGAUUUUAUACAAGCCUGUUUACUGAGUCACAGGACCACAACAUACUAACAUGUCUGUAAGCAUUCCACUGUCUUUAGUGUACCUCUAACUGUUAGCGGCUCUUUGUGGUAGAAGAAUUAUGCCUUUCACCGGGUUGCUCGGCUGCACAGCAGGGAAGAAAGUUUUGCAUUUCACUGUCAGGUAUUUUCAAUGUGGUAUGGUUCCUGCUUUUAGAAGCUAAUGUUAUAAUGAUAGAUAGGGGUUAAAGCACUGUAAUACUAACACACUGUAGCAAUACAUGUGCUGCUUCAUUAAGAAGUAAUGACUGUUAUUUAUCUCUAAACUUUAACCUGACCACAGUAAUCCCCAGAAUAAAACCUGCAAAAAAGAUUAUAUUUAAAGACUUAAAGGCUAUUUAUGUUUCUAAAUGCUGAUUUUUUUCUGAUAUACAACUGGAAAGUAUAUUGUGUGUUUUUGACUACCAAAGGUGGCUUACUUGUACAUAUAAACUGACAUUUGCUUUUUAAGUUGGUAUGUUUUGUUUCUAUCUUAGGUAGCUGUCACUUAAAGUGCCUUUUGAUUGUCUUAAAAAGAUUGACCGGAAGCUACUGUACGACUUAGUUUAGUUUUUGGUAAUGUACACUCCUCUAAGGGGAAUUGUGCAUUGUUUUAAUUAGCAUGUUUAUUGCAGAUUUUUUUUUUUGUCAGUGUAUCAAUAAGUAGUUUGCUAUAUUUUAUGCAGCAUAUAGACUUUGAUACCCUAAAAAGAGAUCUAUAUUUAUGUCUGGUUCUGCAGCACAGCCCAGAUAAUCCUCUUUCUAAUCUCUCUUGAUCCCUGCAUAUCGAUAACCGUAAGACAAAGAGGAGAUAAAAUGUCAAAUGUACUGUGGAAGUGUUGAAACAAGCCCAUAAUCGUUGGUGAUUGUUUGCAGUACCUUUCAAACAAGCUCCAAACAAAGAGUGACUCGGUCAGUGGGAUCCAUUUCGCCAGUCAUUCACACUUCGGCUGCUGUAAUUGUUGACUUGUACCAGAUGGUCUUAACUUCAUUUUCGGUGAAGUCGGCAACAUCUUCUGGUUAUCAAACACUGACAGCAGAUGUUCAAAGCAGAAAAACAGGAAAUUUUAGGACACGUGUUCCAAAAUGUUCCAAAAACAUGACGUAGGUGCUGUUGCAGUUUUCAAGAAAACUUUACCGAAGUACUCGAAAAAGAGAAGGUGAAGCUGCAGAGGGUUUUAUUUUUCUAGAGACCGUUUGAGAGACUGGUUGUAUCAGAUUUGAAACAUUUGUACGUUGUCCGUUGAGGGGAUGUGACUGGUUGAAUGAAAAUGUAAACUGAAAUGUUAUUUAGGGCUGAAAAUGAAUAUUUCCUGUCAUCAUCACUGCCUUUCUAAAGCUUGUAUUUUACACAACAGUAGUGUAAGAAUAACAUUUUGUUGGUGCAGCUUUCGAAAGUCCUGAAUCAUGAUUUUGCUCCAGGUGCAAGAUCAUAACUCCACUACAUUACCAAUGAUAAUAAUAAUAACUCAAUUAGUGGCCAUAGUGCAUAAUCAUGCUGCCUUUUUUGACCUUUAUAGAUCUGAUAGUCCUGUUUUACAGCGGUGGUUGAUUGUCUCACCUUGUACAAAUUAUGUGGAUGUGACAACUUUUAAGUGUUGAUGAUUUAGUUUUAUUUGUUAUUGUAUUUUUUUUGUUUCCUCAUCACUGCUGUAUCAUUAUACUUGUAAAAAAAUUGUGUAAAUAUUGAUUACAAUAAAAAUGGUUAACGUAAAAAGAGA